AUGUCAAUCCGGGCCCAAAAAUUCUACCACCGCCAAGGCUCCGUAAACGUUUCGCCAGCGCCACGCUGCACCUCGCGAACGUCGAGAGAUAUGUUCGCAGUGCUCUCCAGGACAAUUCCACGACGCGCUGCGGUGCAGUCGGUGCGAUGGAUGUCCCAAAAACCCCCAACUUCUCGCAAGACGGCCAAGGGGACACCGAAACCGACACCACCGCCGAAGUCUACGACAGCUGCGUCAGAUUCACCGCAGGGGUCGACGUCUAAGCCUUCGCAGGCGGAGUCACCUUUGGAAGGACCGUCGGAACCUCUGCGAACACCGCUGUCUGGUGUCCCAACUCUUGACUUCUCACCCGAACCUCAGCAAGAGUUCCAGCGGACCGGUGCCAGGUCAUCGAAGGGUGCCCUCUCGUCUUCCGAGCGCAAGCGGCGGUCUAUGAGUCGUGUAAUGCUAGCGCUGCUCGCAUUGGCGUUCACUGGACAUACGGUGUGGAUGGGACGGGAGUGGGAGGAUGACGAAUUGAAGGAAAAGAAGAUGAAACGCGAAGACGCGCCCACGACGCGUUUGGGACGGACAUUGGAACGGUAUAAUGACAUAUUUGAUAUUUUCAAUAAACCGGCGUGGCCCGAACUCCUUCCUCCGCCAUACCCUCCACCACACCAAAAACCCUACACGCUCCUUAUUUCCCUUGACGACAUGCUCAUCACUUCAACAUGGGAUCGCCAACACGGCUGGCGGACAGCGAAGAGACCCGGUGUCGAUUAUUUCCUUGGUUAUAUUUCCCAGUUCUACGAAGUCGUUAUCUUCACCACCCAACCCUCAUAUACUGCCGCACUCAUCGUCGACAAACUCGACCGAUAUGGUUUCUUCGUCAAUUACCGCCUAUACCGUGAAGGCACACGUACACUAGAUGGCAAAAUUGUCAAGGACUUGUCCUACCUCAACCGAGAUCUCUCAAAAGUAGUAAUGCUCGAUACCGACCCUGAACAUGUUGUUACUCACCCAGAGAACGCGAUCAUCCUGCCCAAGUGGAAAGGUGACCCCAAAGACAAGAGCCUCGUCGCUAUGAUCCCCUUCCUGGAAUCCAUUGCCAUCUACAAACCUCCUGAUGUGCGACCCAUCCUCAAGGCGUACGAAGGCAAGAACAUACCCAUUGAGUACGGCAAGAUCGAGGCGGAGAUGAAGGCUAAACAAGUCGAGGAGUGGAAAGCGAAGCACAAGGCCGCUCCACCGACCUUCGGAUCCCUCUUCGGUGUCCAAACGACCGCAUCUGCCCAGCCCAAGGGUGUUCCUCCGCCAACGUACCUCGAGACGAAGCGCAAAGAAGCGCAGCAGCAGUACUUGGACGAGCAGAAGUAUAUUGCCGACCAUCGGGAGGAGCUCGAGAAGCUCUUGGAGCAGGACCAGGCGAUGGCGGCGGCGCAGGUGCCAGCGAACCUUUGGGCGGCGAUGGAUCAGCUGAGAGGUGGCGCACCGCCCCAGCCGGGUGCUCCUGGUGCUCCGGCUCCAGCGGGUCAGAGCUCGGGUACAUCUGCACCGACCCCGCCACCAGCGGCGAAGGCAUAG